AUGCCUUCCCUCGUUGAUUCUCUCACAAACCUCGUCUCCUCCAUCUUCAACGCCAUUAUCGCAACCUUCAGCUCCAUCAUCGCCUUCCUCCAAUCAAUCCUCAGCACGAUCCUCGGCCUCAUCAAUGCAUUCUUCGCCGCAGUCGGUUCUGGUCUCGCGGGUAUUGCGCAGACAUUUGAGGGAUUGGUCAAGUUCCUUUUGAGUACGUAUACUUUUCUUCUUUCAAUUGGUGAAAUAGGAGGUAAAAAGGAAAUGGGAAGGAUUAACGAUGAAAAUGUGAGAACACAAGCUAAAUCUUCUCUUCAAACAGGCAACAUAGUUAUCGUCGCCGCCCUCGGCGCUACCUUCGUUGCAUACACCGUCUAUCAACGCAGUCAAGGAAGACCUGUUACUGCUGCACCCGGUAGCGCCAAGAAGACUUCUUAA